AUGUGCGCUGACGGAAGCAUCCUCUGCUCCCCUUCCCGCCUCCCGUUCUCCCAUUCCCGCCUCCCGUACCCCUGUGACCGCCGGCCAAUCCUUCCUUCCGCCGCCCGAACUCCCCAUCCCGCUACCCGAUCUCCCCUUUCCGCCUCCCAGUCUCCCCUUUCCGCCUCCCAAUCUCCCCUUUCCGCCUCCCAGUCUCCCCUUUCCGCCUCCCAAUCUCCCCUUUCCGCGCUCCCGAUUUCCCCUUCCCGCUUCUCAAUCUCCCCUUUCCGCCACCCAAUCUCCCCUUCCCGCCUCUCAAUCUCCCCUUUCCGCCUCUCAAACUCCCCUUCCCUGCAUCCCCUCUCCCCACCCUGCAUCCGCUCUCCCAGCCUGCAUCCACAUCUCCCCAUCCCUGCAUCCACAUCUCCCCUUCCCUGCAUCCCCCUCUCCCCAUCCCUGCAUCCGCCUCCCCCCGCUACCUCACAGAACCUUUUCCCACCACCCUCCUCUGACCCAACCCUUUCACCCUUCUCCAUGUGGGGCACUGCAUCCCCAACCGCCAUGAAGUCAGCGGGGCUGGUUCUCUAUGGCCCGGGGGGCAAAGGAGCUGCCAAUCUCGCAGUCUGCCCCCCCCCCUCCCCCACCCUCCCUCCCAAGCCCCAUCUCUCCCCCCGCCCUCCCCUUGCCCCCAAAACCCCUCUCUCCCUUCUCUCUCUUCUCUCCCUUCCCUCCCUUCCCUCCCUUCCCUCCCUUCCCUCCCUUCCCUCCCUUCCCUCCCUUCCCUCCCUUCCCUCCCUUCCCUCCCUUCCCUCCCUUCCCUCCCUUCGUCCCUUCCCUCCCUUCCCUCCCCCUUCCCUUCCCUCCCUUCCCUCCCUUCCCUCUCUUCCCUCCCUUCCCUCCCUUCCCUCCCUUCCCUCCCUUCCCUCUCUUCCCUCCCUUCCCUCCCUUCCGUCCCCCUUCCCUCCCUUCCCUCCCUUCCCUCCCUUCUCUCCUUCUGCUCCCUUCUCCCAUCGUUUUCGACCACUCGUUCCAUGA